CAGUGAAUGACCAUGACCAUCCUGCAUCUGUCUAUGAAAAAACUCCAGUCGUCACAGCUUCUCCUAUAAUUCUAAACUUGACAUGGAGCUCGCGAAGAAGAAGAAAUAUUUCUACGCUGUCAAGUACGGAAGGAAAGCUGGAGUAUUCAUCUGUUGGUACGAGUUCGAUUGGCUUGCAACUCGUUGCCAAAUUACAACAAAAACAGGGAGGAUUGUAAAGCUCAAAUCAACGGCUACGUAGGAGCACGGUUCAAGAAAUUUCAUGUGCGCCAGGACGCGGAAGACUAUGUUCAAGACGUUGUUGCAGCCACUGCUACUUCAAGCUCGUCGAUGGUGGUGGAAAGACGCGCACAUGCACCAAAAAAUCUCAUUGAGACAUCCAACGCCUUAGGCGGAAAUAAAGGGAGCGGCGAUUUCGUACAAGAUGUUCCAACGGAGGUUGAAGAAGACUCUUUUGCAGAUCCUUAUCCACUUGCACGCCGUAGUUUACCGGGAAAUGGUAAGGAACGCGAAAGGGAAGGCCGCACGCCUACCAUUGUUCCCACAAGACAAUAUGAGGACCUUGUUGUUUACUGCGAUGGGGCAUGCAAAAAUAAUGGUACCGGUGCUUCUGUGGCGGGUAUAGGAGUGUGGUGGGGGCAUGACGAUAAAAGAAACAUGUGCGAGAGAUGUCCUGGCUUACAGACAAACAAUUGCGCGGAACUCGUAGCUAUCGUACGUGUACUUGAAAAAACUUCGAUCGAUGUGAACCGGAAACUUGUCAUCAAAACCGAUUCUCAGUAUGCUAUCAACUGCCUCACUCUAUGGGUAAAGAACUGGAAUAGAUUUGGAAAUCCAUGGCGUAAAACGAACGGUCAUCCUGUUCUUAACUCCGAGUUGAUUUCAUACGCGUAUACACUAAUAGAGUGUCGAAAGAUGUUGGGACAGACAGUAAAGCUUGUGUAUGUGAAGGGCCACGCCGGUUCGGAGGGGAACGAAGCUGCCGAUAAACUUGCGAACCAAGGUUGCACUCUGAAAGACAAGAAGAUGAGGGAUUGGGCAGCGAAAGAAAAGAAGUAUAAAAAAGAUGCAGAAAAGACUCGGCUAGAAGUUGAGUCGGGGGCGUCCUAUCUUCGAAGGGAGGGGAGUGUGAGGAUUGAUGUCAUAGGAACGUCGCAGGAGGAGAGGGAACUCGGGGGGUUUCAGAUGAAGACGAGUCGGCCUACGGAAGAUGUCGUUGGAGGUUGUCCUCAAACCCGUGGUGAAAAGGAGCGUUCCACCUCAGAAUUCAUUCACCGGCCAGUUGGCCCGUUACUGCGAUAUAGAAGCGAUCAGUCUGUCCAGUCUCGUUCACCCAGUUCACCAAAGGGCAGUCUUCCGACACAAGAAAUGGGUGCACCAUCUCUCGGCGAGGAUGCUAUGGCCUCUUUUAGAUUGAAACGAGCGAACAAAUACAAGUUGACCUCCAUGCCCCACCGGUCGGCUCGUAUAGGUGCCGCCAACAAUCGAGCCGACACUCCAGAGGCGUUCUCUGACGAUCAGGAUUCUGAUUUAGAAGCAUAUGCACAAUGCUUAGCAGACAGCGAUGAUUUGGAAAACGACCUCAGUGACUGAACAUGGUGCUCAAGGCUAGAGGCUACAGUUUGUAUGUUUUGGAUGUGGACCAAAAUGCAGUUCUCUUUGCGUCUUGCUGAACGUCGUUACCGCUUGGUCCGCUUGGUCGCAAGUAUCUAAUCGCUCAAGCUGCGCUUUGUCCAUGGAUCGUCUAGUCGGGAGCGCGUUGAUCACUUCUCAUUAUGAUCCCACCAUACUUAAACCAUCUACAUACACUCCUGUCAUUCCACCCCCACCACAGAUACCCAGCUCUCCGAUAACAUGUAGAAGGUCUACAUAUUGGAUCAGCAAGUAUGGUUUACUCUUAUAUAUUUCUCUCUCAAACUCGGUAGAAAUAUGUGGAGAGCCACCCUUGCCGUCAUAGUGGGCUCUGCUUUUAUCAUUUCGUGCGGCAUCGAGUCUGCUAACAGUGUUAAACGUAAACUUGCUCUUAGUCGUCCCCUUCCACUUCAACCCAACUUCCACAAUCGCAUUUAACGCAAGCACAAGCAAACCUUGUUACUCCUCAGUGGCAGCGCAACGUAUUGUUAUCCAACAAUGCUAUCCGCAGCUUGAUUUAUCCACCCUUCUCUACCUGCCGAUCAGCAGGCAGCUAACAACCAUCCAGGCCUGGUAGUUGCCUCUCAUCGCGCCCGCGUGAAGAUACUGAGCGAGCUUGAAGCUUGAGCGCUUGAGCAGCAGUAGUUCUCACUCACUCACUAUGCCCCCCCGCGGAAUGGGUGUGUCACCGUCUUUCAGUAAAUCCAACUACUAGUUCUAAUCAUGCUCUUCAUGGUCGCUUCCCAUCCUUCCAGGCAUUCCAGAGGUGAUCUGCCGUCAUGUCCUUGUGCUGCAACGG